AUGGCCCUUGAUCUCAGCGACGGCUUCGGCGCCGUCGCCAACGGCAUCCAGGACUUGGACCUGGAGGUGCCCAUCUUCACCGUCGAGCACGUGCAGCUGCAGUUCUCCAUUGCCGCCGACUUCGUCGCUGCGCAGGUCGCAAACAAUGUCAUCAUCCUCGCCCUCUCCAACGGACGCAUCCUGCGCAUCGACCUGAACCGACCCGAGGACAUUGAUGAUAUUGACCUCCCCAAGAAGCCGGCCGAAGUUGGCGUGAUCCGGCGCAUGUUUCUCGAUCCGACAGCGUCCCAUCUCAUCGUCUGCACAGCCCUCGGCGAGAACUACUAUCUCCACUCACAAUCGAAGCAACCUCGACAGCUUGGCCGGCUACGCGGCGUGGCCAUUGAGAGUGUGGCGUGGAACCCUUCGCUCCCGACGGCGUCCACGCGGGAAAUCCUGAUCGGCGCUUCCGACGGAAACAUUUACGAGGCGUUUAUCGAGACAUCCAAGGAGUUCUACAAGAAGGAGGUCAAGCAUUUAAAGAACCUCCAUAAGCUUCCAGAUGGACCUAUCACCGGCUUGUGGGUGGAUAAUCUACAGGGGAAUGCAGACAUCCGAAGGGUUGUCAUUGGUACCCAGAGCAGGCUGUUCCACCUUGUUGGGAGGAUUGGCCAUGGGCACGAUGGCAGCGGUUCCGUCUACACCAGGCUGUUCGAGUCGGAACAGCCGGUGGUUCAUGAGUUGCCACGAACGUCGCCUGGGGCGUACUCCAGCUUGGCGGUGUCCCCCGAUCCCCCUGAAACGAGCCCAUAUGACGAUGACAUACCAGACCGCGCCUACGCCUGGCUGUCUUCUCAGGGAGUCUUUCACGGUAGACUCUUCAAUACCCCGCCGGAUAGCAAUCUUGGCUCCAAGGUCUUCUCUGAGUCUAAAAUGCUUCCGAGGGCCCAGAUUGUCUCCUCUGAUUCGUCCGAUAGACGCAACCCUACAUCCGAGAUGAUUGAUGCUAUUGCACUCACCCAGUGGCACAUUAUCCACCUCGUCGGCGGCCGUGUUAUAACUACCAACCGGCUUACUGGUAAGAUGAUAUCGGAGCAUGACGUUCUCGGCCAGGGUCAGAGGCCCCUCGGCUUCUCCGUCGACAUGCAAAAGAAUACAUUUUGGCUGUUCACCUCGAAAGAAAUCUUCGAGGUUGUAGUGCGCGAUGAGGAUCGCAAUAUCUGGGAGAUUAUGAUGAAGAUGCAACAGUUCGAGCCAGCCCUCCAACACGCGCACACGCCGAUGCAAAAGGAGACGGUGGCGGCAGCAUACGGAGACCACCUAGCCAGCAAGGGCCACUGGAUCGAGGCCGCUACCGUGUAUGGCCGAAGCAACAAGCCUUUUGAGGAUAUUGCGUUGAGCAUCAUAGAUAACAACCAGCCCGAUGCGUUGCGCAAGUUCCUUCUGACAAAGCUUGCCACCAUCAAAAAGUCCGCCAUCAUGCAGCGGAUGAUGGUCGCCGGCUGGCUAGUUGAGGUAUUCAUGGCCAAGCUCAAUUCCUUGGACGACACUAUUAUCACACAGGCUGAGCUAUCAUACAAUCUAAACUCCACCGAGUCACAGCAACUAUUAGAAACCGUGAGGAAAGAGUAUCGAGAAUUUGUCGACAAGUACAAGCAUGACCUCGAUCGGAAGAUGGUGUACGACGUGAUCAGUAGCCAUGGCCGUGAAGGAGAGUUGCUAUACUUUGCCAGCGCUGUUAGCGACUACAACUACGUCUUGUCAUACUGGGUUCAGCGGGAGAGGUGGAGCGAGGUGCUCAAUGUGCUCAAGAAACAGACGGAACCCGAAGUCUUUUACCGUUAUAGUAGCGUGCUCAUGACGCACGUUGCAGGCGACUUGGUGGAAAUCCUGAUGAGGCAUGCUGAUCUCAAGCCCAGGAACCUCAUCCCUGCUUUUCUCGAGUAUAACCGUACCUUCGCAGGCGGCACCGCACAGAACCAGGCGUUGAGAUACCUCAACUACGCGGUAUAUCAGCUCAACUCGGAGGAUGCGGCGGUGCACAACACGCUUGUGUCGAUAUAUGCCUCACAUCCAAGCAAGGACGAGUCUGGUCUCCUGUCGUACCUUCAGGCGCAAGGAGAUGAGCCUCGGUACGACCCAGACUUCGCCCUGCGUCUCUGCAUCCAGCAUCACCGAACUCUCUCCUGCGUCCACAUCUACACAAGCAUGGGGCAGUACCUCCAGGCCGUCGACCUUGCACUUUCUCACAAUGAGGUGGAAUUGGCCGCUGUCAUCGCCGACAGGCCAAUGUCGAACCCGCAACUACGGAAGCGACUAUGGCUGGCGGUGGCUCGCAAGGUCAUCUCCCAGUCCAACGGAAUCAAGACGGCGAUUGAGUUCCUUAAGCGGUGCGAUCUGCUUAAGAUUGAGGAUCUGAUUCCUUUCUUUCCCGACUUUGUCAUCAUCGAUGACUUCAAGGAGGAAAUUUGCGAGGCGCUCGAGGACUACAGCCGCAACAUUGACGGGCUGAAGAAGGAGAUGGAUGAAUCCUCCCAGACAGCCACCAAUAUCAAAAUCGACAUUGCCGCGCUAGACCACCGGUAUGCGAUCGUGGAGCCCGGAGAGAAGUGCUACGUCUGCGGGCUUCCGCUGCUGAGCAGGCAAUUCUUCGUCUUCCCCUGCCAGCACUCGUUUCACUCGGAUUGCUUAGGCCGAAAGGUGCUGGAGCAGGCUGGCCCUGGGAGGUCAUCGCGAAUUAGGGAACUUCAAAUGCAGAUUCACAAGGGGUUGGUCGCUGGGACGCAACGGGAUGCUGUGGUCGCAGAGCUGGAUGCUCUCGUGGCUUCUGCUUGCAUUCUAUGCAGUGACUUGGCGAUUAAGAGGAUUGAUGAGCCCUUCAUCACGAAAGAGGAUGAUGCCAAUGAAUGGGCACUGUAA